CGCAGAUUGAUUAUUUUAAUGAAAAUUUCUUUGAAAAAAUGCAAACAUUUAUUCAUGAUUCUCAGAACAUAUCCUUAGAUGAACCAAUAGAUUUAUUAAGUGACAUUAUUAUAAAUGGUCCUAUUCAAACCUCUGAAGUUUGUAUGGCUUUAAAACGUAUCAAUUCUAAUCGAUCACCAGGUAUAGAUGGCAUACCUUCAGAUAUUAUCAAAAUUCCGAAAGUCUUAUUGUGCCCUUUACAGCACUCUUUAACGCCAUCUUUGAAAAAGGGGAGUAUCCAGAUAAAUGGAGCAUUGGAAUGCUUUCACCAUUAUUUAAGCAAGGAAGUCGAUUCUCUCCUGAUAAUUAUAGAGGAAUAAAUGUGCUCGCAACUCUUGGAAAUGUUUUUGACUCUGUUAUUCAACAUAGACUAGUUUUCAAUGCAGAAAUGAGCAACUCACAAGACCCUUUUCAAGGAGCUUAUAAACAUGACCGGCGAACUACGGAUAACAUCUUUAUUUUAAGGUCUCUAAUAAAUAAAUUCAAUUGACAGAAGAAAACACUCUAUACAUGCAUGAUUGAUUUUAGAAAAGCUUUUGACUAUAUUGAUAGAACAGUCCUCUUUUAUAAACUAUGCAAGUUUGGUAUA